AGGUGAUUUUGUGUGGUGAUGAGUUAGUAGGAACAUGCUUAAUAGACUUGUACCUUGUACCUUAAAUAUGAUGCCUACCAAGUGUUCGAUGAAAUGCAUAAAAGAUGAAUGUAUAUGAAAAUAGUAGAAAGAAUUGAUAAACUAAGUGAAUGAAUGAAUGUUCUAAUGUAGGCGUGAAAGAAGAAGGUACAAGCACUAAGCAAGCGGAAGGAGCACAAGAUCGAGAUGGCUGAUGCAAGAAAUAUUAACGAUGAUAAUGAUGAUAACAAUGAUGUGGCUAGACAAGAAGCAUUCGAGAACAGAGUUACAGAAGUAGCGGAAGGGGUUAUACAAGCCAAUCUUCCACGGUUGGCUCAAGAAGUAGAAAGCCGAGUUCUGGGGGUUGUGGAUGCUAUGAUGACCAGUAGGUUCGAAGAGUUGAAGGAAUUAAUCGAAGGAUCCAAGGGUAGAGGUAAGGAACGAAGGUGCACUUAUAAGGAUUUUAUGGCAUGCCAUCCGAUGACGUAUGACGGUAAAAUUGACCCAGUCGAAUGUCAAAGAUGGGUCUCGAAUAUAGAGGCGGUGUUUAUACGAAGCCGGUGCGAUAAGGAGGACCAAGUGAUGUUCGCUACCGGUUUACUAACCCAUCAAGCGAAAGAUUGGUGGGAUGCGCACAGCAAGGAAAUAGGCGACGAUAGGCUGCAAGUUAUGACUUGGCAAGAGUUCAAGGGGCCCUUCAUGAGAUAUCAUUGUCCUCAGUCGGCUAUCGACAAGAUUCAGGAGGAUUUCUUACGCCUCCGGCAGAAAAACGAAUCGGUGAAUGAAAUAGCAAACAAUUUUAUGGAUAAGAUGAAGUUCUGUGGAGAAUUGGUAACAACCGAGAGGAUGAAGAUAAGUCGUUUCUAUGGCGUGUAA